GGCGAAAAAGGAAAAAAGAAAAUAAAUGAAAAGGAGAAACCAUUUGUGAUAUUUCCUCUCCCUGUCAUCUCCGUCGUCGUCGUCUCCUUCCUCCGCCGAUCUCCAUCGCCGCCGUCCUCCCUCCUUCCUUCCUUUCUCGGGUCACGGAGAGAAGGCAAGUUUGGGGAUGUCAGAUCCGCCCCCGUGAGUGAGUUGGUAAAGAAGGAAAGGAGGGAGAUGGACGACGACGCCAACAUGGGCAUGAGGGGCUGGGGGAGCUUCUUCGACUCGCCGGCGAGGAACCUCGGCCUGCAGCUCAUGUCCUCGGUGCCCGCUGACCGCGACACCAAGCCGCUGCUCUCCGCCACCCCCUUCCUGCAACACCACCACCACCACCACCACCAUCCGCGCGACUCCGUGCCCAAUGCCGCCGUGCCCGCCGACCCUCCGCCCAUCAACUUCGUGCGCGGCGAAAUGUGGAUGCACCCGCAGCAUCAUCCCCGCGAGCCCAAGGUUCUUCACACUCUCGCCGUCGGGCAUGGCGGGCACGUCCCGCAUCAUGACCCGGUGGCCUACGGGAUGAUCCCUGGCACGCACGCCGCGCAUACUCUGCAGAUGAUGCAACAGCCCGACCCCCAGCCGCAACAACCCCCGCCACCUCCAGUGCCAAAAGAGGAAUGCAUUUCCUCCCCGAUGAUCGAGGAAAAUGUGCCCGUUGUUAAUGAGCAGCCACCCCCUCCCAAGAAGAGGCAGCAGGGCCGGCAACCUAAGGUACCAAGGCCUAAGAAGCCCAAGAAGCCUGCCGCUCCACGCGAGGACGGUGCCCCCAAUCCACCGCCAGCACCACGGAGAAGGGGUCCCAAGAAGGCUAUAGGGAUGGUAAUUAAUGGGAUUGAUUUGGACCUCUCAAGGAUACCAACGCCUGUUUGUUCAUGCACAGGCUCACCGCAGCAGUGCUACCGCUGGGGUGCAGGUGGUUGGCAGUCUGCAUGUUGCACCACCACCAUCUCAACAUACCCACUUCCAAUGAGUACAAAGCGCCGUGGCGCACGCAUCGCUGGAAGGAAGAUGAGCCAUGGUGCAUUCAAGAAAGUGCUUGAGAAGCUUGCUGGUGAAGGGUACAAUCUUAAUAAUCCGAUUGACUUGAAGACCUUCUGGGCCAAGCAUGGCACAAACAAGUUUGUGACCAUAAGGUAAAAGACUCAAAAAGUUUCUAAAUUCCUCGGCUUUGUAGGUUCCACCUCUGCUGUUUGGUCUGAGUAAUUGUCUGUAUGUACUCUAGAUGACAAACUGCAGAUUCCUUUUAGGUUUAGGUUUUAGCCAUGCCCUGUCCCUUUGCAGUAGUUUACAUGGCUCAUCUGUGACCUGGGUGCUGACCUGUAUGGCGCCUAUCUGCGUGUAUCUUUAUCAUUAUCUUUACAAGCAGCAGUGUAAUGCGACAGUCUAAUUUAGAUGGCAUGAUGAAAGUUAAUCUAUUCAAUGUUUCUCAUUAUGCUUCAAUCAUCUAGUAUACAAUGUUUCAUUGCAAUG